AUGGAACCAACAGUGACUACUAAGGACACAGUUAUUCCUUUGGAAGAAAAAUCCACUAUUGUAAAUAAUCCAACUGUAACACAAGAAACGACAGAUGAACAAAUACCAAUAAAUGAAGCAGAAGUUGAAACUAAAAAUCCAGCUGCAGCUAUAAAUAAAGUUGGACAAUCACCUCCAUUCAUGAUUAUAGGUGCACUUCUUCUACUUAUUAUACCACUUUUACAAUUGUGGAUUGGUUGGCGAUAUGCAGAUGCAUGUCCAAUCGAACCAAGAAUACCAAGAUAUCUUUUCGUUGCUGGAGCUGUUGGAAUUUUUUCUGCCAUAUUAAAUCAACUUCGAACUUAUUUAACGGCAAAAAGUGCACAACCAUCGGUGGACAUAACCGGUCGUAAGGCUAGUGUUACUGCAGCUACUGGCACAAAUAGUCCAUUAAAUUCUAUUAUCACGACUAUUACCUGUGUUCUCAAUAUCUUCAUGAUUGUUUGGUUUAUUUUUGGAUGUAUAUGGAUAUUUAGUGUAUGGAAUGAUGUUGAAUAUUAUCCACGAAAUCAUCCUGAGUUUUGUCAAGCAUUAGUCUAUCGAUUUGCUUAUAUACUUCUUUUAGUUCCAAUUGUGCUCAUACUUUUUGCUUGCUGUUGUCCAUUAUGUAUAGGAUGUAUGGCAGUGGUUGGUGCGGGUGCGUCUGCAGGUUUACAGAGCUAG